AUUGAAAAUUAGUUGAAUUCAGCGCGAGAUCAUGACGAGUUCGGUGCUGUGGCUUUGCCUGUUGAUGGCAACUGUUCCAGUUUUGGCCAAGCCAGCAAGUACAGAUGACCCCUUUGCAGAUGACUUGACCUCGGAAUACGCCAAGAAAAUUGUAGUCCAAGCAAAAGCUGCCGAAAUGAAGACCAUGAUGAAGCCAGAGAUAUCGCCCUGCGACGACUUUUACACCCAUGCUUGCGGAAACUGGCAUCGCCAUAAUCCCGCCCAGCUACUAGGCGACAUAAUGACCGACACGUUCCAAGUAAUAUCCAAGGGAUUCAACCGACGCCUUCUGCGCUUGCUGGGUUCCAAUGACCUUCAAUCCGAGCUAGAGAAAAAAAUGCAGCGUUUCUAUUUGUCCUGCAUGAUGGUGCAUCGCGGUGAUGUCCACUACAAGUUGGCUCUGGAGAACGUUCUUAAGGAGUAUGGAGAAGUGCCGUUUGGUGCCCAAUCGAACUCCUCCGAUUUCAGUUGGUGGCGAAGAGUAGCUGAGAUCCAGCAUAAGUACGGCAAGCAGAUUAUCCUUGGAGUGGAUAUCAUGAGCGAUGUAAGAAACAGAUCCAUAAACCGCGUGUACCUAGGUCGACCAGAUACAGGUCCGGGCAUCCAAACUACAAUUUUAAAUAUUCUUGAGGAGAUGAAGACAUCCACCGAUCUUGAACAAUAUUUUGGGUUAAGCGUCUCGGAUGCAAAGCACAUAGCCCGUCAGAUUAAAGAAUUAGAUAAAAGCUUGUCAAGUUUUAAUUCAAAUGCAGAAUCUUUGGACGACGCUCUCUCCCUUUACACGCUGGCUGAACUUCAAGAGAAGUAUAGUGACUACCUAAACCUAACUGAGUUCUUGGGUACAGUAAUCGGAGAGGAAAACCUUCCGGAGGACCUGUACGUCAAUGAAGAGGAGUAUCUGGAGAACGCGCUUCUUAUAAUGCGAAGCACACCACUAGCAGUGCAGGUCAAUUACAUCAUGUUUAAACAUCUUGAGGAAUUCCUGGUGGACGCCAAGUCUAACGAAAUGACCACAUGGUGUACCGAAUCAACCAAAAAGUACUUUGACAAGCUUUCCGAGCACGCGGUAUACGAGCGAUAUCGCAGCCCGGACACAGAGUCAGAAGUAUUCAGAAUCUGGGAUCAGAUUAAAGGCCUUUUCAGGCAGCAGCUUUUGGGCGACAAAUUGGAUUGGAUAUCCAAUGCUACUCGGGAACUGGCCAUCGAUAAGUUAGACCACAUGUAUCUAAACAUAAAUUCCUACGACAAGGAGAAUUUCGAAGAGCUGUUUGGGGAGGUUACCAUUGAUAGACUUAAUUAUGUACCGAAUGUCCAGCAGCUGCUUAUUGCUAAGACCAGGCGAUUUCUGGCAAGGAUCAAAGAGCCAGCCCGUUCCAUGGAGAACACUGAGAUUGUCGGCUUUACGCCCGCUUAUAAUAUCCUGGAGAACAAUAUCACUCUUCCAGUGGCACUGUUGCAGCCACGCUACUUUUGGGGUGACCAGUAUCCGGAAGCGUUGAAGUACGCCACUUUGGGUUACCUGCUCGGCCACGAGAUGCUCCACGGCUUCGACGACGAUGGUUCGCAAUACGAUGCUGGAGGUAGCAAGGGAACAUGGUGGGACUCCAAGUCGCUCUACCAAUACGAGGAGCGUCGCAAGUGCUUCCAAGCGCAGUAUCACGAGUACAAGUACGGAGGAUCGGAGCUGCCAGACAGGAAGGACCAGUCGGAAAACAUAGCAGAUAAUGGUGGGAUCAAGUUGGCCUACGCAGCCUAUGACCUCUGGCUGCGACAGCAAUCUGAGGAAGUGCGUCAACGAGAGACCCUAGAGGGUCUGUCAUACAACAGUCGCCAACUUUUUUUCGUAGGAUUCGCCCAAUUGUGGUGCGACGAUGUCCAGACGUUCUUUAAGUCCACUGUUUCCCAAGGCGACAAU